AUGGCAAAAGGGGCCAGUCUCACAUUUUACAACGUUGCAAUAUGUGUUGUCGUUGCUUCGGGAGCUUUCACAUAUGGAUUCGGCUUCGCAGUGUUCAUCACCAGUAUCGGACAGCCUGGCUUCUUUCUUUACUUUGAUCUCGAUCCAUCAAGCACAUACACAGCAAAUGUCCUUGGAGCUGUGAAUGCGCUGUUUGCGUUCGGAGCAGCUGUUGGUGCCAUCCUCCAAGGAAUGACAGCAGACUGGCUAGGCCGCAAAAAGGCACUUGGACUGGCAGGACUCUGCGCUUUAAUCGGCGGAGCAUUGGCAGCAGGCUCUGUAGCGAUUGAGAUGCUGAUCAUUGUCCGGAUACUUCAGGGCAUCGGUUUAGGCAUGUUGAUCUGCUUGGUCCCACUCUACACGACGGAGGUCGCACCCGCUCACAAACGAGGCCUUCUUGCUAGUACAACUGUAAUGGGGUUUGCCUCUGGAUAUACUGUUUGCGCUUUGGUCUCUUUGGGUACAAACCAAUCGACGAACCUGACCCUCCAAUGGCGAAUGCCGCUUGCCCUAGCUUGCGCUGGACCCGUGGUUUUACUUGUUGGUCUCUUCUUCAUCCCAGAAAGUCCUCGCUACCUUGUUUGGGUCAACAAGCAUGACGAAGCAUGGCCUGUCCUUCAGAGGAUUCACAAUGAUCCCAGCGACCCCACAGAUGCAAUUGCUCGUGCAGAGCUAACCCAGAUCACAAGACAAGUGGACUUCGACAAGGAACAGAAAGCUGGCUAUAUUCAAAUGUUCAUCAAGCCAUCUUGGAGAAAGCGUUCAAUUUUGGUCAUGAUUCUCAUGUUUGCAGCUCAGUCUACUGGGAUCCUUGGAAUUGCAAACUACAUCGUUUUUAUUUCCACAAGCCUUGGUAUGACUGGCUCAAUGCCCUUGAUCAUCUACGCCAUUUACUCCGUUAUCGGCACGACUUCUACUUUCGUCCACUCCUUCUUUCUAGACCGUGUCGGCCGACGAACCUACUUCCUGAUUGGCUUCCCAUCCCUCGCCGCGUGCCUUCUUGCUGAAGCUCUUCUACAGUGGAAGUAUCUUGGCACUGGUAAUAAGGCUGGCAACGCUGCUUGUCUCGUCGUCAUGUUUGUUUACAUUAUACUCUUCCAGACCAUUGAUACAGCAUCAUUUGUAUGGGCUGCUGAGGUCUUUCCCACGACCAUCAGAGCGAAGGGUCUAGGACUAACCAUGUUUGCUUACUUCGUUGGUGCCAUAACCUAUACUACGCCUGCAGCACUAGCAUUCAAGAACAUUAAGUUUGGCAUGUAUCUGUUAUGGUGUGGUCUCUGCCUCCUCUCGACAGUUUUCGUCUACUAUUACAUCCCCGAGACGAAGUGCUUGCCAGUGGAGGAAAUCGGCGCUCUCUUUGGAGAUGAUGUGAUGGUUCACUUGACUGCCGAUGGCCAUGGUAUUGUCGAAGCUGAAAAAGAGCUCGCCAUCACAAGAAAUAAUGAUGAUGGUGACGGAACUAGUUCAGUGGCAGGAGAACAAGGGAAGUCCGACGAGAAAAGAGGUUCAUCCCAACACCAGGAAGUGGCAAAUGUGUGA